CCUAGAUAACACAAACUGCACCGCAACCCAGUCUGCAGGAGACAAAUUUCACAAAGGACUUUUUAAAAUAUAUUUACCAUGAUUUUUCAGGCGCUUUUUGAGUGUAUGAACUUUACCAGUUUGCUGUUGUUGAUUUUUGUAGUGUUGCUCCUCACAGAUGUGAUCCGAAAUUGGAGGCCACGCAGCUUUCCCCCUGGACCCUGGGCUAUGCCUUUUCUAGGAAAUAUCUUCACCGGAGUUGACUUCAAAACCAUGGAGAAGCUUUCUCAGGAGUACGGCCCAGUGUUCAGCUUGAGGAGGGGCAGCCAGAGAUUCGUGUUUAUUUCAGGAUACAAAAUGGUCAAAGAGGCUCUCAUUAACCAGCUGGACAGCUUUGUUGACCGACCUAUUGUUCCUCUUUUCCAUGUUGUCUUCAAGGGCAUAGGCAUAGCUUUGAGCAAUGGUUACCUGUGGAAGAAGCAAAGAAAGUUUGCCAGCAUUCACCUGCGUUACUUUGGAGAAGGCCAGAGGUCCCUGGAAAAAUACAUUGAAGUGGAAAACAACUUCCUCUGCGAAGCUUUCAAAGAGGAACAAGGAAGACCAUUCAACCCCCACUACACCAUAACUAAUGCAGUGAGUAACAUCAUUGCAUCUGUAGUCUUCGGACAUCGCUUUGAAUACAGCGAUCACAGUUUUCGGAAGGUUCUGGAGUUGGAUAAUGAGGCAAUUGUGCUUGCUGGCUCUGCUCAGACUCAGCUAUAUGAUGUCUUCCCUGGUUUGCUAAAAUACCUACCAGGAACUCACCAGACGGUCUUUGCCAACUAUGCAGAGAUCAUGACUUUCCUGAAAAAGGAAGUUGAGAAGCACCAAGAGGAGUGGAACCCAGAGGACCCUCGUGAUUUCAUUGAUGUAUACCUGGCAGAGAUGGAGAAGAAAAAGGAGGAUCCUCAGGCUGGCUUCAAUGUUGAAACCCUGCUGGUUUGCACCCUAGACCUGAUUGAGGCUGGUACAGAAAGUAGUGCCAACACUUUACGCUGGGCCCUUGUAUUCAUGAUGCACUACCCAGAGAUACAGGAGAAAGUCCAGGCAGAGAUAGACAGAGUGAUUGGACAGUCUCGUCAGCCCACCAUGGCCGACAGACCCAACCUGCCCUACACCGACGCCGUCAUCCAUGAGACUCAAAGGGUGGGAAAUAUUGUUCCCAUGGGAUUCCCAAAAAUGGCCAGUAAAGACACUGUACUGGGAGGAUAUUUUAUACCCAAGGGCACAACCAUCACUACAAUCCUUUCAUCUGUGCUGUUUGAUAAGAAUGAGUGGGCGACUCCAGAUAUCUUCAAUCCUGAGCAUUUCUUGGAUUCAGAGGGACAGUUUUGCAGAAGAGACGCAUUCCUACCAUUUUCAGCAGGUAAACGUGUGUGUUUAGGGGAGCACCUGGCCAGAAUGGAGCUGUUCCUGAUGUUUACAUCUCUUCUCCAACACUUUACCUUCUCUGCUGUUCCUGGAGAGAUGCCCAGUUUGGAGGGUGUGAUGGGCUUCACCCAUUCCCCUGAGGAGUUCAGGAUGCUCGCUGUGCCUCACUGAUUUGCUUCCCCCUUUUCUCAUCAGAGCAUCAGCACAAAAGUAAAAAAUUAAUAAAAGAUCACACAUCUGAUAUGAAACUGAUGUUUGCAGAACAUAUGAGAACUCUCCACCAAAAUAAAGUAUACAAAAUGUAAAGUGGAGCCUCGCAGUCAUCCAGGUGAAAGGAUAUUUGCAAGUUUUAGAGGUCCAGUGUGUAGGCUUUAAGGGGAUAUAUUUGCAGAAAUGGAAUAUAAAAUAAUAAC